AUGCUUCAACUGUUGCCCAAGUCUCUCGCAGCCAAAUUCGACCAUCCAUCAACGUCGGCAUCUCAUGAACGCCACUGGAGUACAGGCUCUGCCAGUAGCGAUGGUCUCCUCGAUCCCGUCGGAUCACCACGGGCGCGACGGGCUCACCGACGCCAAUUGAGUCGUCCCAGAUUCCAGCCUCGAAAGGCGAUAUGGUCGACGGCAGCCAUUGCCUUGUUGAUCGUCGUCGGCCUAUUGUGGUCGGUCGAGCCGACACCUCUGUCACAACAACGGCCUGAUGUUCAAGCACAAGAAGAGCAGGGACCUAUACCAAUCGGCCAGUCGCGAGAUCGUAAUGGAAGAGAGGUCUUCUGGUGGGAACAGUUCGAUUUGCUCCAUGGCUUCUACCGUGGUCGCAGGAACAUUGUCCCCUUCUGGCAGUACGUCCCUGAGCAACAAGCCGACUCAGUUGAUCCCUUCGACCCUGGCCGUCACAAUGAUGGCGACUUGAUCGCGGCGCCCUCUUUGGUCCCGUCGAAUAUGGAGAUUUGCUACAUAAAUGAGGAGAGAGGCAUUUUGCCGCCCACCAUAUCUGCAAGACAAGGCCUCCCACAGGGAAUGCCAGCACCUCUAUUUGGCUCUCAGGAAGAGCUCGGGAUCAACAAUCAAAUCUGUUAUGACCGAAUCAACCGGUAUGCUCCGUACGGCUUGGGCCUUCCCCAGGAUCAGGGUGGUUUGGGUCUGAGUGGGGAGGGUGACAAUCACGGCCUUGAUCAUGUGCAUCCCAUCGACUGGCGCCCUGUCAAAUGGCACCGUGCACAGCAACAGUGUCUUAAGAAGAACAAAAACCAACUCAAAUCCCGGACUGCCUUUGUCGUUCGUACAUGGAGCACUUACAAAUACACCGCAUACGAUAUCACGAUGCUCAGAGCUCUUGUCAGCGAGCUUGCUUUGACUUCUAGAGGUCAAUAUACGGUUCAUUUUCUCAUUCACGUUCAGGACGAUACUAUUCCAAUCUGGGCUUCUCAGGAUCUUUAUGACCAGACUCUCAAAGACAGCCUGCCGGAAGAAUUCCAGGGCAUGGGCGUGCUCUGGUCUGUGGCACAGAUGAAGUUGAUAUAUCCUCCGCCAUUUCCUGAGAGCAUUGUCAACUUCUCCGGGGGCGACAUUUACGAGGCUUAUCGAUCCUUGCAUUUUCCAAUGCAAUAUUUUGCAUCCCGACACCCCGAAUAUGACUAUUUCUGGCAUUGGGAAAUGGACAUCAGAAUUACCGGACACUAUCAUGAGUUAUUGCACCGGAUCACAUCAUGGUCGGAAAAGCAACCACGAGAGUAUGCAUGGGAACGGUCGUCCAAAUUCUACAUUCCUUCGCUGUACAACAAUUCUUACGAAACCUACGCGCAAUCCGUCGUUGCAGAAAUGAAAGCCUCCAAGAAAGCCCCCAUCUCAGGACCGCAGCUACCAGCUGAGCAUCUCUUCAACAUUCCACCGCAGCAGACCCCUUCAAAUUCGGACGACAUAACAGAUCUCAUCACUUUUAAUCCACUCUUCGACCCAACCCACACUCUCUGGGCCUUUCGUGACGACAUCACCGGCUACAACGUUGCUGCAGACGGCCGGCCGCCCUCUCGUGCCGCGCUCAUCACUGCCUCUCGAAUGUCUCGGCGACUCCUUCUGCUCAUGCAUGAAGAAACUUACCGCCACAAACAUACCAUGUUCCCAGAAAUGUAUCCCGCCUCGAUUGCGUUGCACUAUGGUCUCAAAGCGAUCCACGCCCCGCUUCCAGUGUAUUUUGACCGCCAUUGGCCUGCCGCCCACGUCAACGAGAUCUUCAACAAUGCGCCCCUCAGUGAAGCGAGUAAACAUGCAGGUAUGGACCACGGGAAUGGAUACUUUCAUGGUGAGAACGGGAGCGUGUUUGGACCUGGGGAACACGUGUUCAGGGGCUCGACGUACUACUCCAACGCCGGGUUUGCGGGGUAUCUAUGGCGACGAUGGUUGGGAAAAGAGAACGGCAAUAAUGAGAUCCAAUGGGAAUCUGAGGGCGGCUCGGGUGGUGGAAGGAUGUGUUUGCCCAUGAUGGUCUUGCAUCCCAUCAAAAAUGAGCGACGAUAA